GUACAUGAUCCUUUCGUCGGUCAUCACAACCGGCUCGGUGGCUCUACUAUCGGUGUCAGUCGGCUUGUGCAUUCAUCCAUCUCUCUUAAGUCCGACUCCGUCUUUCCAGUAUUUCAGGAGUGCCCCUCCAAAGGACCCCUUACCUCUGCAUUGCCUCAACAGGAUCCUCCGAGCGCCCCCCAAACGACAUCAUCAUUGAUUUCUACCAAAGUUUCUCCAAUUGAUUAUGAAUUAUCCCAUCGAAUUACUCCCCUUAUUAGCGGUGAUGGCCUGACAAAGCCGCCAUCCAACUCAGUCCAAGUAGAUAGUCACGUUAGCUGUCCCGUCUGCGCAAAACUUCUUCCCUUUGAAUUCAUAAACCAGCAUCUGGAUGAGUGUCUAACGCUCAAUAGUGACUAG